AUGGCCACUGCUCCACCCCCUCUGGCCGGACUCAAGGUCCUCGAGUUCGCAGGCCUAGCUCCAGGACCCUUCGCCGGAAUGCUCCUCGCUGACGCCGGCGCGUCGGUCUUACGAUUAGAUCGCCCUGGCAAAGCCCCCACCGAGGACAUGCUGGCGCGCCGGAAGGCUUCCAUAGCCGUCGACCUCAAGUCGGCCGGCGGCGUUGCUCUGGUCGCCAAGCUGGCCGCCCACGCGGAUGUGCUCAUUGAUCCUUUUCGCCCUGGCGUGCUCGAGCGCCUGGGCCUCGGCCCAGACGUCCUGCGCGCCGCAAACCCUCGCCUCAUAUACGCCCGCAUGACCGGAUUUCGCCGCGACGGCAAGUACGUCGACAUGGCUGGUCAUGACAUCAACUACCUGGCCGUCUCGGGCGCCCUGUCUAUGUUGGGACGCAAGGGCGAGAAGCCCACGCCGCCCUGGAACAUCCUCGCUGACUUUGCCGGCGGCGGGGCGAAUCUGUUUCAGGGGAUCCUGCUCGCGCUCGCGGCGAGAGCUGCCAAUGGUGGCAAGGGCCAGGUGGUCGAGGCCAACAUGGUCGAUGGAAGCGCGUAUCUGGCAACUUUCCCGCGCAUGGCUCUCAAGACAGUCCUGGGCGGCGCCCCGAGGGGGGAGAACCUGCUCGACACUGGCUGCCCAUUCUACGACACGUACGAGACGGCCGAUACGGGCAACUAUAUGGCUGUCGGGGCCCUGGAGCCGCAGUUCUUCGCCGCGCUGAUGCGUGGGCUGGGGCUGCAUGGUCAGGGUUGGGAGGAGAAGCGAUACGAUAGGGAUCUUUGGCCUGAGCUGAGAGAUCUGUUCGAGAAGACGUUCAAGUCCCGGACGAGGGCGGAGUGGGAAGCCGUCUUUGAUGGGACCGACGCUUGCUGCACUCCCGUGCUCACAUUCCCAGAGCUGGAAGAGGGAAGGACGAGCAGCUCAAGGCCUAGGGAGGGCGAUCAGCGACCACCUGUAGGCCUGCGAGACACGCCCCUGCUCGCUGUCCAUCAAGGCGUGCAGGAUCCCGCCACGCAGGGGCAGGGCGCUGGUGUUCCUGGCGGCGGUUACGAGGCAACCCACCUGCGGCCCGGACAAGGCGGCGAGGAAGUGCUGAACCAGUGGCUUGGCUGGGCAAAAGGAAAGGAAUUUGAAGCCGUAAACGGUGGGCUUGUUCUCAAUGACAAGUCGAAACUCUAG